GACCGACUCUCCGCAGAUCUUCACAACAUAAUCAGUGAAGCGCGCGCCGGACGGCAGAUGAUGUUGACAUCACAUUUUCUUAUUCACGACACUCCUUUGUUGUUUUUGCAAGGAAUCGUUUUUUGGUGUCGUUGUGAAUAUAGCUUGUUAGACAAGAUAAUGUUUGUAGUUGUUAAAAUGGCUCUUCGUGCUGAAUUUGUUACUACUAAGUAAAGACGAAGCGGUUUCCCGGAUGUUGUGGAAACCAAAGGCCUGACUCCUCUUCUACUACACGCGUGUAAAGCAUCUCUCAGUGCCUUCAGGAGGCUGGAAGUGUGCUGGAUAUUGAGCAGAAGUCAUGUUCGGCUCGUCGAGAUCUGGAGGGGUGAGAGGGGGUCAGGACCAGUUCAACUGGGAUGAAGUUAAAGUGGACAAACAUAGAGAGAACUAUCUGGGGAACUCCCUCAUGGCGCCGGUUGGACGCUGGCAGAAGGGCAAGGAUUUGACGUGGUAUGCCCGAGAUAAGAAGGGUGGCGCAACUGUGUCUAAAGAGCAGGAGAUGGCAGCGGUGCGGGAGGCGGAGCACGAGGCCAUGUUGGCAGCACUGGGACAUAAAACCAUCAAAAAACAACCAACUGGUCUUACCAAAGAGGAUCUUGCAGAUGUGUGCAGGAGGGAAGGAGAGGGGGAGGAACGGGACGUGGACCGGGUCUCUGGGCUCGGAAGCUCCAGGGCCGGGGCAAGAGGAAUGUUGCUCUCCAAGCAAGAAAAAGAAGCUGUAAAAAUGGGUUUGCCGGUUUUCACGCAUCAUAAAGCUGACAGACCGCAAGAAGCCACUAAGACGCCGGAGGAGGCCAACAGACAUGAUAAAGGAGACAAAAGAUCUGACAGCAAAAAGAAGAGUAAAAAGGAAAAGAAGAGUAAGAAGGAGAAAAAGAAGAAAAAGGAGAAGUCGAAACACCGAAGCAGAAGGGACUCUUCCGAUUCGGACUCUGAAAUGUACAGUAAAAGGCCGAGAAAAGAUUCCCGGGACCACCAUGGUCCUAAUCCAUCAAGGAGCAGUCAGAGUGGAGCCGGAGCCCGUGACAGCCAUUCAGGAGGAGGGCCAAAGGCUGACCGCAGGACACCGGCCCCCCCUCGCCAGCGGCACGACACGGAUUCGUCCUCUGAUGGACCACGGUCCCCGUCACCAGGCUAUCGGCGGCGCCACCACACCAGCUCAGACCCCUGAUUCCCCCGUCCACACCUCCUCACCCCGAGAAUGGACCUUUGUCAAGCUCUGGACGACUGAGACAUGGCAGCUCAGCGCGCACAGAUUCAUAUGCAGCACACCAGUGAGGACUUCUGGGUACAUUCCACCUGAAUAUCAUGUAAAUGUGGAGCAAAACUUUACCUUCAGGCUAAUUAGCACAGCACUCUUAUUCUGGACACGAAGUGAGACUGCAUUUCCUUUUCUAAAAAAUGAAAUUCUCUCAUCAUUUAUUCACCCUCACUCCAUCUGCGAUGUAUAUGACUUUCUUUCUCACGUUAAACACACAAACUAAAAUUUUUAGGAAAAUAAUCAAUCUCUGCGAGUCCAUAAAAUGCAAGUGGCGAAUGCCAAAUAGAAAUGAUAGAUUAGAAGAUAUGCGUAUUUUUCUUACACAUACCUAUCAUUUCUAUCCAGAAGACAUUGAUUCAUCCACCGGGGUGACAUGGAUUACCGUCCAAUUGCUGUGUGUGGAUUUUCAAACACAUUCACUUGCAUUAUAUUAUAUGGAUAUUAAAAAUAUUAGUUUGUGUUUAUCGGAAUGAAUAAAGUCCUUAUAUGCAGAUGACAAACCCAGUAAUGUAUUAUAAUUUUGAAGUAAAAUGGGCUUAUUUGUCAUAAAAAAAAGAUAGAUUUAAUUCUCUUUAUGCAAAAUAUAAUUUAUUUUUUUGAGCUGACAUGAUAUCUGGACACGUUUUGGUCUUCGAUGCAUAAAGAGAAAACAUGAUCUCCAGCGAUUACAGCAGAUACGAUUGACAUUUUAUUCUUGUAUGUUUGGUGAAAUAAACGUUUUCCAUCCCA